UUGGAAGCCAAUGGACUCCUCUUCAUUUUUAUACUGUAAAUGCGUUUAAAUAACACAACGCAUACGAGUCAGCAGCUGAGCUCAGCAACUGACUUCAGUUAGCGCUGCUGACAUAAGCUCAUAACACGCUGUAAAAUUAUCAUUUUAUUUUUAUUUUUUUGAAAAAGUGUUCAAAUUCAUUAUUCAAAAACUUGAAUUCUCGAAAUUCAUUGAAAUAUAAUAUAAUAUUAGUCGGACCAAGAAUUUUUAGUUCGAUCUCACACCAAACAUGUGUUUCAUUAGCAAUUGAAAUUGUUUUUAUAUGGAAAAUGAUUGAAAACACCUUCAAGGCGUCGUUAGUCUAAUUAUACAAAUGAAGACGAUAAAUUUUCAUUAGAUUACGCAGUACAUUAACUUUUAUGUCAUGGUGAAAAUAUUUAACAGCCACAAAAUUUCUAUAGAGUCAAUUUUAAAUGGAUCCUUUGUAAUGGACACUUAUUUCGGAGAUAAAAAAUUGUGCGAAAGGUGUCAUAAAGUUUCCCAUCAGAUUCGAAAUCAAUAGAAUUUAACUUUCUUGAAUCUCACAUCCAAUGCUAUAUUGAAGUGGAUUAUUUGAAAGCGUAAUCAAUUGUUCAAAGCUGUAUCGAAAGCUGUAGAGGUUUUAGAGACUGAUCCAAAAAAAAGUUGGUCGUUUAUAAAAAAAGCCGACCAGUUUCGAAAAAUAGUAUACCUAAAAAAAAAUGGAUUUGGCGCAAAAAAAUCAUAUAGUUAGUUUUUGCCGCAAAUUGGCUGGAAUAAUAGAAUUGGUCGAAAUUUUGCGAUCUAAAAUGGCUUCAGAAAACACUGUCAUGAAAAUUUUGAUAUGGGACUUGCUCCACCAAUUUCUAUGGUAACCAUAUGAUUUUUUUGCGCCAAACCUAUUUUUUCGAGGUAUAUAUUUCGAAACUGGACGGCACUUUUUAUAAGCGACCAAUUUUUUUUUUGGAUCAGUCUAAAGUUCUAUCUAUCUUAAAAAAUAAUUGAGAAAUAUAGUAUUUGCUUUCAAAUUCUCCAUAGUCAAAGCAUGUGGAGAUGAUGAUAUGAAUCCCUGUUGAGAUAUUCAAAUGAUCAUUUAUAUGGUUUUUACACGUUUGUAUCGAAAUAAUAUCGAAUUGCAUUCCGAAAUCUUAUUUCAAUUCCGUAAUUUUGUCAGCUUGUAAAAGUGAGUCACUCCGUCUAAAAAAUGAAAUUUCCAUCAAUUACAUGAUAAUAGUCUAGAUACAAUGGAAAACAUAUAAAAAAAACUGUAAUGCUAUUUGAAUUCAAAUGAAAAUAACAGCUGUUUGCAAAACAAAUCUCACAAUCACAGAGUGCUCUAUAGUUUCUCUAACGUUACAGAAUAUUUAGAACAGUAAAAUCUUACUUUUUUGUGGACUUUAACUUUCGUCUCAAACGAAACGGAAAAUGUAUCCAUCGAGUUGUUCUUCAGAAUUGAAAAAUUGGAUUUGUGAAUGUAGGCUGCACCAUGAAGGGGAAAAUAAGUCUAAUCCGGUCUCAUUUCUGACUCGGAACUAUCGAAAUUAGUAAUUAAUUAUUUACCUACGUUUUUUCCAGGGAAUGGUUUCACAUAAAUUUAUUUAUAUAAAUUUCAAAUAUCAAAUAGCUGGUUAAAUUUAUCCGAUAUUUUUCAUGCGUUGCGUUGUUGUAACGCAUCCACACACAGCCUGGAAACCAAUGACAACUGGGCAAUCACUUUGCCAUUUCGUCGAUUGUCCCUAUCGGGCGUCGCGUAAAACCGAAUGUUUCCAUACGUUAAAAACGCAUGAAAAGAGCCGGUUUUACGCACAUGCCUUUAUGUAAGUGCAAACGUCGCGUAAAAUCGGAUCUUUUCAUGCGACGACUCGCUCAAUUGUUACGCUGGCCACCGCAUUUUCUAGCAGCACAAUCGCUGUUGCCAGUCAGUGCCAUGAUGUGCAUCCAAGUACAAACUUGAUAUUUCCUUCCGGAUCUGCCAAGUCAAAUUUGAGGCUGAUCCGAGCGGAAUUUAGCAAAAAUAAUGCGAUUUAGCAUUCCUAUAGGGAAAACUUUACUUCCAGAACAUAUUGGACAAGGUCGUGUCCACCUGUUCCACAGGAUUCGCUUCCAGAUUUGCCAAUAUUUCAUAAAUGCUUUUUUGAAUAUAAUUCGGGAACAAGAUUAGCUAUGUUCUGGAAGUAAAGUCGCAUUAUCUUUGCCAAAUUUCGCUCGGAUCAGCCUCAAAUUUGACCUGGCAAAUCCGAAAGUAAAUAUGAACUUUGUACUGUGGAUGCGUUACAACAACGCAACUUUUGAAAAAUAUCGGAUGAAUUCGAGUUUGUUCGAGUUUCAACCAAACAUGGACCGAACAUAAACUUGAUUUUUGCGUGAAUUCAACAAUUGAACUGAACACCGAACGAACAUGAACAAGAGAUUUUCUUUUUGGAUAAUUUUGAACCGAACAUGAACGAACUCCAACACAGUUUGACCAUGUUCGAAACAGAUAUGAUUUUUGAACAUUGUUCAAUUCAAUUGAACCCUGAUGUGAACGGAUACAAAUGUGGUUUAAAUCGUUUUAAUUUUGAAAUUUCUUAUGUUCAGUUCAACAAAUGAACAAAUUUCGAACGAACUUGAACUGGACUUGAAAUCGCCCAAACAUUGAAAAUCAUGUAUUAACGAAUUAUUAUUUUCAUUCAUUUGUACUGCCUUUGUUAUGUCAUUAAGUUAAAAUUUAUAUGGUUAUUAAACUGUUUUCAAGGUGAUGGACCCGAAUUUACCAAUUUACCCUUUAGUUUUCAAAAUAAUUUCUUUUUUAUUUCUUACAAUUCAAUUAUACGGUCAUCCACGUUGAACUUUUAAUUAUGUUGGUUUCGACGAAAACUGCCGCUAAAAGCCGGUGUCGAAUUAUAUGUCCGCAUAAUUAGGAAUACAGAAAAUAAAUAUUUCUUGACUGAAUUUGUAGUUUGUAAUCGGGAAAUGGUUAAAAUGAACGUAUAAGAAAAUAUAUAGAAAAUAAAUGAAUUUUAAAUCCUUGAAAAAAAUGUGGUACAACAUUCAUUAUUCUCUUUUUCUAGAGGUGAAAAUUGACAUUUGAAAAUAUGGUGAAAUGGUAAGCCCGUCUACAGUAAUUUGGAACAACGCCUUUUUGAGGUCUGAUUUUUAAAUCAAAUUGUAGGGGAGGUACAUCUCAAUCGACGUACGUUUUCUACCGGUUUUCCGAAAAGCAAAAUACCACCAUUCUGGCUACAGUUUGAAAAAAAAAAAAUCAUUCUAUAAUUCAGCUUUGGCUCAAUUUAGUUUUCCAUAUUCAAAAAAACUGAAAAACGGGAGGAUGGUAUAACAUCUUCCAAAUACUGCGUGGAUUAGAAAUGGAUGCAGCAGCCAUAUAUUAAUAUUAAGUCUGGUUUUCAUCACGCUGUACUGUUUAGAAAUUGCUCAACUGAUAUUUAAAGUGGAAAUAAAAAAUAAAAAAAUCUCUAUACCGAAGUGAAGUCAAGGAUUGACGUAAUAGCGUAUUAUAGGAAAUGAGCCAAUUUUCGGCCGGAAAAAAUAUUUGAUUUUGAUGUUUAUGCUCUAUUAAUCAAUUAUUGAAUGGUUAAGGUAUAUAUUUAAAGAAUAAUGAUACACUUUAGCUUUCUGAUCAGAAAUCUUUCAUUCAAAAUGAAUAAACAAAGUAAGAUUCUAUAAAUAGAAUGUAUGCAUUGUUUGAAAAAUCGUCGGGCAAAUAUAUGAAUAAUACUACGGCGUACUGCAUAAUUCAUGGCCAGUAACAUAGAGUGGAACAUGUAACACGAAACAGCGAAUAUCAAAGUGAAGCAGAAAUGUAAAGAAGAACCAGUUGCCAGUUUCUAUAUGUUUGUAUUAGUGGUAUAGGUAUGUGUUACGUGACUGUCUGUCGUUUUGGUGUAAAGUUUCAUUUGGUUCACAAUCAUCAUUAUAUCUAGCCAACUAUAAGACCCACACGAACUCAAGUCUCAACAGCAAAUGAAUCUUGAAGAAUAUUCAAUUCAAUUUAUUUUUAAGUGAAUAAAUAAAACUACGUUCCACAACUUGAAAUUAUAUAUAUUAUUUGGGUAAUUGUUUAUUUUUAAGAAAUAAUAAUUUCAUUGGGCGUUUUCCUCACUAGAACUCUUUAUAUUGUAAUUGUUUUUGGAAAGUAAAGUGAUGACAUAAUUAAGAUCAUAUAAAAUUAAGUUGGUUUUUGAUGGCAUAUAGUGAACACUGUAUAUUUUUUGUGUUAUUAUUAUUAAUAUGAAACAAAAUAUAAUAAAGUGAUGUAGUUUGUCUAUCGAAAGAUGUUCAAAGGUCUAGUAUUCAGUUAUCUCAUCGUUGGAGUUGUAUUUAAGCUUAUAUCGGCUGGGAAUGGCAGCUGUGGGCCUGCUUUCAAGGGAAAGUGCUGGUGUGGCAGAACAGAGUAUGACCGAAUUCGCCAAUUCGUUGUUAAUUGCACGAGUGAAGGAUUCUCAGAUACAUCGGUGCUUGCAAACAUGCCCAGAGAAGUAGAAGUUCUCAUAUAUACGGGAAACGUUCUUGUGCAACUACCCUGGAAUAUUUUCGGCACCAUUAAUGAAUAUCCAAAACUUCGGGUAAUUGAUAUGUCGAACAAUCACAUCAACGAAAUACGCGGUAAAACAUAUCACCAUGUCCAUCAUGUGGAAAGAUUAAUUUUGAAUCACAAUAAUCUGAGCAUAUCUCCUUCACUUGGAAGUGAAGAUGAAGCCAAUCACUUACAUCCGCGGAUAUUUUCGAAUUUUCUCAAUUUAAGGGCAUUACACCUGACUAAUGCAUUCGCAGACUAUUAUUCACCGGAGCUAAGUCAAGAUCUACACGCGAUUUUUGUCAAAAGCAAUCUAACGCUACUAACAAAGCUUCAUCUGGAACAAAACGAAAUUAGCCAUUUCAAAGAUCGCAAUGUUUUUUGUGAUCUUCCCCAGCUAGAAGAUCUUCAUUUAGGUGAUAAUAAUUUGAAAGAGCUGAAUUUCAAUGUGAUGUGUCUCCAUCACUUACGGUUUUUGGAUUUGGAACGUAAUCGAUUUGAAUUUGUUAAAAUGCGGGACAUAGAAGCACUCGAAAUGCUUGAAAAUGCAGCUGGGCGAACCGAAAGGUUGAUUUUGGAUUUCAGUCUGAACCCAUUUGACUGCAGUGACUGCACAAUAUAUCCAUUCGUAAGCUGGUUACGUUCGACAAACGUAACAAUUCGUGACAAAGAUAGACUUAGAUGCUAUCGUAGUGAAGAUGAUGCUGAACGAAUUGCCGCCAUUAAUUUGAAGUGCAAAGUCAAAUCACAACAUCAUAAUACGACUGAUGGACACCAAGUGUUUUUAGUAUUCUUUCUAGUAGUACUCAUAUGCAUUUUGAUUGGUAUGAUCGGCGCCAUUUUGUACGUUAGCAAGGAUCGAAUAAAACAUUUUGUAUCUCCAGUCGUGUCGUCAAGAAAAGUCCACUAUACUACAAUAAGAGAUGAUGAAGUAGCUCAAGAAGUUCAUGUGUGAACAUGAGCCCGACCAUCAAUUUAGGAAAUAGAAGAAUAAAUUGUUUGAUUAUUAUUUUAUGUGCUAUGUUAUCAGCUCUAUGUAAGCAGACAUGAGUUUGUUUAUGUUGAAAACAUUGUUUCUCACUGGCAGUUAAUUGUAGCUAAAAAGAUUUUAGCAGUUUCUUUUUUUGUUUUGUUUUCAUUCGGACAAGUCAAUUCGAAAUAGAUUAUGGAUUUUAAUAUACGUUCUUUUUUGUAUUCAAAUAAGGCAAUCAACAACUAGAUUUUUUUAAAAUAAUCCAUGCAUUAAUUAUUUUGAAAAUUUUCCCAUUCAGCAUUCAAAAUUAAGUUAAUUGAUCAAUCAUGACGAAUUUCGAAAGUAUCAAGUCUUUCGGUGGUUUCUAUUUGUUGAACUUGAGAAAGCUUGACCAGAAAAAUUCUUAAGUUUUAGAGAUUUUAAAUAUUUUCAAACGUAUGUUAAAUGUUUUGAUCAGAUCAGUGCCAUAGGCGAUGACAUUUUUAGAUUUAGAAUUCAAAUUUUGGUAUGCACUCUUCUAAUUUGUUAACGAAACUACUGUGAUGUAAAUAAAAAAAAAAUUAUAUUUAUGGUUUUUGUAUGAAAUGUU